CACAAUGAUAGAUACAGGUCACAUGAGAUAUGGAUAUACUAAAGACACUAUAAAUAUUCAUCAUUGAAUAAGACAUGCAUGUUUCGGUACAAGUUACACUCGUUCUUUUGUCAGGAUGUUGCAUUCGUGUUUUCGGCAUCGCGUUUCCUUCUCUCUUAGCCCCAUCAUCGGAGGCAAGUUACUGCUGUGUGCGACAUGACUGGGAAGCUCUCAUGUACAUUGACUUCGGAACAGUAUUUAUUGAUCAGAACACUGCCUUCUCGUACAUUAACGGGACAGUGAAAGCGGCGUAUAGUCUCUCACAGAAGAAAAUCUUCUUCAAGUUGGCAGGGAUAGAGCAGAGUCCGCUUAUACCCAAACCAGUGCCCUAUGAUGCCGUCAUGCUUUACGAUUUCGCAAAUGGCACCAUGUACCUCGUGAGCGGUGGCGAGUGCCAGAAAGAUAAGCUUGAAGCCAACAUGACUCUGCAGUGUAUACCACGGUCUGCGAAGCAGUUUUCGUCUGGUGUGUUCGGAACGGGACAGGAGGUACUUCACGUGCACACGUACCAGUUCACACUGGCGUCCGACGUCCCCUGGCAGAUCACAGCAACUGUCUUCACAAACGACAUCAAACCAAUAGAGCCGCGCGAGUGCGGUAUAAUCACCGUGUCCUACUUCGCCCCUUCCGUGAAUCCCGACAGCGGUUCCUUGUACACGCUCAACGUAAUGGAUGUGGGCGAAAUAAAAACGCCGGGAAUAUUUGAUGUUCCAAAGGAAUGCCUUUGACAAGAAAUAUUUGCGUAGUUUCGAACAAACGUAUAAAGGUUUAUGUAUUUAUAUAUACAGUUCGAACAACAUACAUCUGAAAAAAAGAGAUGUGUUUGUCAGAAACACAAUGCCCCGUAUUGCGCCGCUUUCAAUAUCAUUUGGCAGGUUUAGUAUUUAUCUCCCUUUUAAAGCUUAUUACUUCCCUUGGAUUUAUUUGUUUAGACCUUGAAGAUUGACCUUACACUAUCCAAAAUGUGCAGCUUCAUGAGAUACACAUGCAUGCCAAAUAUCAAGCUGCUAUCUUCAAUAUUGCAAAAGUUAUCGCAAACCUUAAAAGUUUUGGGACACACACAAUGAAUGACAGACAGACAGACAGACAGACAGACAGGCACAAAACAAUAUACCCCCGUAUAUGGUACAAAAAUAAAUAAUUUGAAUGUA